AUGGAUGCUGAUGAUCUUUUUGGCGGGGGUUUGAGUGAGAGCAGCGAUGAAGAAGGCGACGUCGAGAGCCACAAAGAAACUAGAUCGUUCGUUUUUUUAUUUUCAGAUCUUUUCCAUGAUAUUGUGGAUUAUAGAGAAACUCCCAAUGAACUAUCCAAUCAAGCUUCAAAUUUAACCGAAGGAGAUACGACUUUAACCGAGGGGAGGCCACCGAAAGUAAAUUUUAACUUUAAUAGGAGGAGGCAAAGAUGUUCUGUUGAGAUUUUGAUUGAACUUGGCUAAGUGGUACUUUGAGACAUCCUGGUUUCAGAUUAGUUGAAAAGAAAUGCAUAUUUGGCUUUUUGAUAGUUAUGACAGGUUGAAGCUUGAAAUUUGCUGAUUUUGAAGAAGGAGAGCGGUUUUGAGGUUUUCUAACUCUACUAAAAAGCAAAAUAUGAAGUUUUUCUCAAUAGAUUCAGAAAAAAGAUGUCUUAAAGAGCCUCUCAGGCAAGUUUAAUAAAAUUUUAAGAAUCUUUCAAGCUUCCAAUCUUUAAAAAGUUGAAAAAAUGUUUGUUCCUUCAAGGUUUCCUUCACGAUUUCCGACGAAUCGGCCGAAGAUACCAUGGAUAUGCCGGAUUUCGGGAUGUACACUGGAGCCUCGUCGAGUUCCACGACUUUUCCGAGUGGUUUUGGUGGUUCUGUGAAAAGAAAAGUCGGGGAAAAGAUUUUUUUUUCGUGAAAAUUAUGAAUUUCAAGGCUUCUCCGCCGCACGCCGAGGUGAAAAGAAUCAAAUCGGAGAAAGAUUUGGGAGUAGAUUCUUCUACUUCUGUUGGUUUCCAUGAGGUAUAAAAAAAAAACCAAAAAAAAGGAAAUUUGAAAAUUCCAGGCUUUGAACCUGCUCAACGACCCGUCGAUGGGCCUUUUCGCCCAGCCAAAUCCGGUUCCGGUCAAACCGCCGGUCGUUGAAAAUAAAAUUAAGGAUGAACCGAAUCUUGUCAUGGUUUUAUAUCAAGGUAAAAAAGUACCAUCUCAAUUUUUAGGAGCCGAAAGCUGAAAAACAGCCGAAUAACCUGGAAAAAACGGCCAAAAUCAAAGAACCGGCGGUGAAAUUCGCUGAUGAUGUGAUUGAUAAUGAGAAACAGCCGAAAGAAGGUUUGGAAUUGAGAAAAUAAAUAAAAAUUCAAGCUUUCAUAUUUUUAGAGAGCUCGAAUGAACUUAGAAAUGAAAGUUUAAAAAAAAAAUUGGUAGAUUUUUCUGUUUUUUAUUAUUUGAACUUUAGCUUUUUUUAAAUUUUGUAUGAUUUCUCAGCUUUUUUUCCAUUGAUUUCAAGUUUAUAGAUUCUUGAAAUUGAGAAAAUAAUUGAAUUCUCGAGAUUGUAUGUUUUUUUAAAGUGCUUGAAAUUUUUCCAGAAGUAAGUGAAUUCCAAAAAAAUAAAAGUUUUGUUAAGAAUUUCCAUUUUUUUCAGCCUUUUUUUGUUCAGUGUGAUUUUUUUCAGCUCUUCGUUCAUUGAUUUCAAGUUUACAGACUCUUAAAAUUAAAAAAACAAUUGAAUAUUCAGGAUUGUAUGUCUUUAAAAUGCUUGGAAUGUUGCAGGAACUUAAAAAAUAAAUUUUUUUCACAAUAUUUUUUUAGUUCUUUAGCCCACUUUUUUUGUACUGUGUGAUUUUUUUGAGCUUUUCAUCUAUUGAUUUCAAACUUAAAGAUUUUUCAAAAUUUAUAAAAAGUUGAAAAAUUUUUUUCGGCUUUUUCUUUCAUUAAUUUCAAGUUUAAAGUUUUUCCAAAAAAACUGAUAAAUAGUUAAAAAGUUCACAAUUGUAUGUUUUUUUAAAGUGCUUGAAUUCUUCCAGAAGUUCAAUAGAAAAAAAACUUUCGGUAUUUUCAGUACUCAAGCAUAUUUUUUUAUUCUGUGUUAUUUUUUCAGCUCUUGAUCUAUUGAUCUCAAAUAAAAAAAUAAGAUAUUUUUUUCUACAGGAUGUUCAAAAAAAUUGAUACAAAAAAAUUAAAAAAAUCGGAACCUUUCAAUUUUUUUAAUUUUAUAUACAACAAUCUUCAUUUUUUUAGAACACUUUUUCUAAGCUUCAUGUAUUUUUCUACUUUUUUUCUUUUUUUAAAGAUGAAUUUUUCUGUUUCAGAAACUCCGGACGAGCCCGGACCUUCCACGAGUCGUCGGUCGAUUUUGAAACGAAGAGAGCCGGCCGAACAAGAAGAUGAAGAUGAAGAGGUUCGUGCUUAUUAAAAUGCGAAAGUUUUGCGGUUCCUGAACUUUCAACAUAAAUUUUGUGAGAAAAAUUGGCUUCAAUCGCGGUCUUUGGUCAAUUUUUGAACUGAUACUGUAAAAUUUGAGCGGCUAGGCCAAUUUUAAUUGCAUUUUUGGCCGAUUUUUGAGUAGAAUCAGUAAGAUUUUUUCCAAAAAAAUGAUAUGUAAUAUCUUUUGGUCGGAUUUGGAACUAAUAGAAUUGAACUUGUGCAAAAAGAAAAUUCCAGAAUGAACUUUUGGUUGAUUUUUGAGCUAGUAUAGUUGAAGUUCUGCAAAAAGAUUAAUUUAGAAGCAGAUUUUUGUUAAUUUUGAGUUAAGACUCUAUAAUUUAAGCAGAAAAGCUUUUUUUUUCCCCAGUUUUCGGUCGAUUUUCGGACUAAUUUUGAUGAAAAAGACUUUUUUUGAAAUGCAGUUUUGGUUGAUUUUUUUGAUUAAAAAAAGUAAAAAUUUGAGCGAGAAGGUCAUUAUAAAUCCAAGUUUUCGGUGGAUUUUUGAAGUUUAUUCAGUUGAUAUUAUGCUGAAAGUCUAUUUUAAAAGCAGUUUUUGGUCGAUUUUUUUAAAUCAGAGAAUAAAAUUUGUACUGUAAGGCCAUUUUUCAAUCUCAUUUUCAUCGAUUUUUGAACUGAAAUUUAAGCGAAAUGCGUGAAAAUGCGAAAAAAAAAUGGAUAUCAAGUUGUUGUCGAGUUUUGAGUUUAUAUAGUUGAUCUUAUGCGGAAGGAAUAAUUUUUAAAGCGGUUUUGGUUGAUUUUUGGCUAAUAUAGUUAAAAUUUUCCCAGAAUAUUUUUUUUGAUCGCAAUUUACGGUCGAUUUUUGAGCUAUAACAGUGGAAUUUUAAAGGAAAAGUCGUUUUGGUCGCAGUUUUCGGUCGUAUUCAAGCAUAUAUAACUGAUUUCAUGCAAAGAGACUCUUUGUAAUACAGUUUUUGUCGAUUUUUGAGUUCAAAUAUUGAAAUUUGGAUGGAAAGGCCAUUUCUAAUUGCAGUUUCUGCCCGAUUUUUGAGCUGAAAGACCAUUUUUAAUCGCCUUUUUCGUUCUUUGUUUAUGUGAAAACUUGAAUCAUUCAAUUUUUUUUUUCCAGGAAGACCUCCAUGAUAUGCCAAUGAGCGAGGAAGACGAACUGUCGCGUUUGAAAAUGCAGGUUUUUCAAGUAAUUUUUACUUUUUUUCAUAGAAAAUAAUCUUCAGAUCCUCAUUUCCAACUUCUCGCAAGAGCAAUUGAACCGCUAUGAGGCUUAUCGAAGGUUAAAUUAGAAAUGUAAACAGAUUUUUAAGGUCCUCAUUCCAAAAAUCGACGAUCCGAAAAUUGAUCACCCAAUAUACGGGGCUCAAUGUCGGCCAGAAUGUCGUUAUUGCCGUUGCUGGACUGGCCAAAGUUGGUUUUUUUAAAAAGAAAAAAAGGCUUGAAAAUUCCCAAAAAGUUUCAGUAUCCAAAAUAUUCUAUUUUUUUAACCUUUUUCUUCAUUGGAAAAACGUCUGAGAGCGUGAAAAAAAUUGAAAUAGUUGGUAUUUUUUUAAAGAAGUAGUUCCAAAUUGAUUCUAACGGUAGGACAAACUGAAAAAAAUUAAACUUCAAAAAAAAUUUAAUUUUUGGCUCUAUUAUCGUUCAAUAUGCACUAUAUUGCUGAAAGUGGGGAGCUUAAAGUUGAAAGUUAUGAGAAAAACUAAUUUUUUUUUGUUGUUAGUCCUUGUGAAAAUAUUUUUUAUUAACUUCACUCUUUGGAAGUUCGUGUGAAAAAUGUGUUUCAGCGGUUUUUUUCGCGUAAAUUUGAAGGAACUCGCUUGAAAGGGUGUCAAAAUGUAACUAUAAUUCUAUAAAAUAGUGCUUUAUUCCCUGUUAUUUUAAAAAUAUGUUGUGAAAAAAGCGCAAUUGUGGCUGGAUUCUAGUUUUUGAUUUUUAACUUCCAUGUAUUUUUUGAGUUUCUAUAGUUUUCCAAUGAGUUGACGUCCUUUGGAUUUUUAUUUUUUCCCUUAAUUCGGAUUCAUGAAUAAGCACAAAUUAAUUGUUCUUUUUCGAAGUUUUAAACUGUAUUGUUUGAUUCUUGAACUUGCAUUCCACCAACUUUGAAUUUCCAGGUUUUCGUUGGAGAAGUCGUCGAGGAAGCGUUGGAUGUUCGUGAUGCGUCCGGUGAGAAUUUCGCUUUUUUCUAAUAUAAUUUUUGAAAUCUCUCUAAUCGAAAUAAAAAAAAUGAGUUAUUUCGAUGCCUUUCCACAGAAUUUUAGCCUUUCUUAGGAAAUCCAGAGUGGUCCCUAUAGGGGCAAUCUUAGAAGCCUCUAUAGGGAGCACUUAAGCAACCCCCUAUAGGGGCGAAGAAGCGUUUCCCUGCCAAAACUAGGAAAAAUAACCAUUUUUGAAGAAAAUUGAAGGACCACUAUAGGGGCCACUUUACCAGCCCCUAUAGGCGCUACUAAAGCUUUAGAAAGUGGUUCCUAUAGGGGACAUGCUAGUCGAUGAUUUUUAUGUACUCUAUGCGAAGAAGUAUUUCCAUGCGAAAACUUAAAAAAUAACCUUUUUUUUUAACAAAAAUUGAAAGACCCCUAUAGGGACCACUUGAGCUUCAGGGGCUAAGAGGUCAGACCUUAAACCCAUCUAGGGACCACCUUGAUUUUAACCCCUAUAGGAGCCACUUUUUCGGCCCCUAUAAGGGCUGUUUUACCCCCGAACCGCUAUAUGGACCACUUUAAAUUUUCUGUAAUUCCUCAAAAAUCAAAAUUUUCCCAGGAGAAACAUCGGAACCAUUGAAGCCGCACCACAUCCGGCAGGCCUAUGCAGAAUUGGCCCGAAAAGGAAAACUCUAUCCGCCCAUCGGAACCCGUGAAGGACACGUCGAAUGA